UUGUAUACUUCAUGGCACUCCACAUGUUGGGUUUCUCGUGGUCUUCUUAUUAAAGUGCUUUUUCGUUUGGACUGUUCUUCGUCUGUGUUCUCUGGAGACAUUCCCGUGACAAGAACUUUACAAAGCAUUUUGUGUUGUGAUGAGAAUAAAAACGGCACAUUCCCUCAUGGUUUCAGUUAGUUUUAAUGACUUCCUUCACGUUGGAAAUAGUCACAAGAGUCGCUUCAUGACACAUCACGUGAUCCCAGACACAAAGACGGAGUCAAAUAGUCCUCUGCUUCUCAAUCCAUCACAUACACUACAUCACAUCCAUAGUAAAGGUUUUAGCAAAGAAAAUGAAGCCAUUCCUUGUGGGUCUGUUGGCCCUCGUGCUGCCCAUCACAAAUGCCCAGGUGCCCCACUGGGGUCCAUGCCCAGAACCUGCUGCCCAACCUGCCUUCAACCUACCGAAGUUCAUGGGGAGAUGGUUUGAGAUCGCCAAACUUCCAGCUCAGUUUGAACGAGGGCGAUGCAUUGAGACCAACUUCACUCUCACGCUGGACGGAUCUGCUCGAGUCGUGAGCUCUGAGAUUCUAAAGGGAGACGUUAAAAGAAUCGAGGGAACAGCAGUGGUGGAAGACAAAAAAAAUCCAGCAAAGCUUGGAGUCAGUUUUUCUUAUGUGUUGCCGUACACUCCAUACUGGAUUCUGUCCACCGACUACGAGAACUCGGCACUGGUGUAUUCCUGCACCGACGUCUUGAGAUUGUUUCACGUGGACUUUGCUUGGAUUCUGGGCCGCACCCGUUCACUGCCCGCUGCCACCGUUGAGCACGGCAAGGAGGUUUUUACCAAUAACAACAUCGAUGUGAGUCGGAUGAUCCUGAGCAGACAGCAGGACUGUGACUAAUGACAUGUUUCUGUGGACUAAUAUAAGAUCAUCACGUUCUUAUUAAUAGCAAACACUGCAUCUGUUUCAUGAAAUGGACAUUGAAAUUGAAAGCACAAGUUUCCAAUGUACUCCAAUAAAUGGCUAAUCAAAACCACAUGAACCUUGUUGCUCUCAUUGCCUCAUUUCUUAAGACAUUCUCACCCCACUUAUACAGUAUCACGAAGACAAUAGCAGGACUAUGACUAUAAUUUCUCACGUACAGUAUCACCAUAUAGCAUGACUAGAUCACUUCUUGUUAAGAAACUUUAAAAGGAUAUAUACAGAAACCACGGAGUUAAAUUGAAUACUUAAGACUUUCCCUACAUUAAGACCCCGUUGCCGCUUCAAGUUUUAAUCGGGUAACAUUGGCGCCACUAAAGGGCUGAUUCACCCCAAAAUGAACAGUCAUUUACUCAC